AUGUCAAACCUAGAAAUACAGAUUACACAUUCGCAAGCAGCUUGCAUAUUCUAUGGCGAUCCAUUAACUACUGAAAAUCAAAUGUUAAAUGAAGCAAAGAUUGCCGCAAUCCAGGAUGUUGAGCUUUGCUAUAUUGAUACACCGUCAGAACCAUAUCUUCUCGCAAGUAAAAGAAUCAAUUUUUUCCCAUUUAAGUACAAACGGUACCGUCAUGCAGAAUUAAGACCACAAUCUGAAUUAUUUGAAGAAACAAUUGAAGAACUAACGCCACAACUUUUAGAUUCUGAAUCACAGCUGAUCGAAUUCAUAAAUAAUGUCUUUCUAAUAAACGAUCCACAAAACAAAGAAGUAUAUGAACGCUUAUGUAUGUCAUCAGAUCAGAUUUUCUCGAUUACAAAACAGCAUACAAGUUUAUUUCAAGAUAAGACAAUUGGAGCAUUUACCCAAUUUUCCAAAAAAUGUGGUGCCGAAUACUUGAAAGCUCAAACAUUGAGAAAGCGCAUUGAGAAUAGUCGAAUCGAGCGCAAAAUAAUAUAUCUGAUGAAAGAGAAGGAUAGAGGUACAUAG